AUGACGUCUGAGCCGGCCGAGCCCUUGACCCCAACCGCCAAAUUCAUGAAUCCAGGCGUCCAGGCGAUUCAAUCCCCCGCCAAGAUGUCCGCCCAGACCCCGGAGGCCGGUGCCGCCGACGCCAAGUCGAAGUCGCAGCCCAGCCAGGUCCGCUUUUCUUCUGUCACGCAGGAGAUCGAGCCCUCCCAAGCGACGCUGUCGCCUGUGCCGGAGACACCUCAGCAGCCCGACCAACGCAAGGCCCCCAACGAAGAAGAAUUGCGGUCGCUGGCGAUGAGCCUGCAGAAAUCCCAGCUCCAGGAGUCCCGUCUGCGUAAUUUUUCAUUCGAACCAAUGUCUCUUCCGUCUUCGAGGGUUGCGUCUCGAGAGUCGAGCGACCGCAGUGCUCACGGCACCGCUUCUUUCGUGUCAUCUCCCCAUGCUUCUCCCCCCGUUUCCGCCGUACAGUCUCCUCCCCUGACCCCUGCUGUCACCACCUCCCGCGAGGGCCGAGCGAGCGACAGCCUGGCCGCCCUGAAUGCAGUUGGCCGAGCCACUGGACAGCAAUCCGCAAUCACACCCGAAACAUCCCCUCCAAUCACUUCUAGUAACAAGAAUGAGACGCAGCGAAGUGCCCCAACCUCUCGACCUUCCUCCACCGACCCACUCUCUAUGAAACAGAGCGGCGCCUCGGAGCCCCCGGCCCCGAUUCACCCCACGUCCAUGCAUCGUGCCCAAUUCUUUAUUGGAACCGAUGCGAGCUCCCAGGAAGAGAGCCCCCCGCCCACUCCGCGAGACUCUCAUACGCCACCAGGCACUAUCACUCCGGUUGGCGAGCCAAAUGACCCAUACGCACGUAGUAAGCGGCCACCACAGUCGAAGAACCUCGCUCAGCUCGAUGCACGCUUUAUCUUUGGAAGUCGGGAUUCGAAACGGUCAUUUCGUCCAAGUAACCCCCCGCGGUCGGCUAGUGCUAGCGAUUUGGGCAAGCCCAGCGACAAACGGCAUCACAAGAAGGAAGCCAGCGACCACAAGAGUACUGGUCAUGGCCACCAUGGCUCCAUGUCGGAACUCAAACGAUUCUUCAAGAUGGGUCACCGUUCCAAGCGGUCGGAGUCCCCGACAUCUGCGCCCAAGCGGUCGAGUCGAUCCUCUGGAAAGGGCAUCCCGUACCAGAUGGCAACCGACAACGUCCCAUUCGCCGACGAUCAUGGAUUGAACUCGAAAUACGGGAAAAUGGGGCGCGUUCUCGGAUCGGGUGCGGGUGGUUCUGUUCGACUGCUCAAGCGCAACAGCGAUGGCGUCACUUUUGCUGUGAAGCAAUUCCGAGACCGGCACAGUUGGGAGAGCUUGAAGGAGUACUCCAAGAAGGUAACGGCGGAAUUUUGUAUCGGGUCCACACUCCACCACGGAAACAUCAUCGAAACUCUUGAUAUCAUUCAAGAAGGAAGCCGUUGGUACGAGGUGAUGGAAUAUGCGCCAUUUGACCUCUUCGCAAUAGUCAUGACGGGUAAGAUGAGCAAGGAAGAGAUUGCCUGUUCAUUCAAGCAGAUUCUCAGCGGUGUGGCGUACCUCCACGGGAUGGGUCUUGCUCACCGAGAUUUGAAGCUGGACAAUGUGGUGGUCAAUGAUCACGGCAUCAUGAAGCUGAUCGAUUUUGGAAGUGCGGUGGUCUUCCGCUAUCCAUUCGAGAACGACAUCGUUCCAGCUUCAGGCAUUGUUGGUUCCGACCCAUACCUGGCUCCCGAGGUAUACGACGAGAAGAAAUAUGACCCCCGCCCCACGGAUGUUUGGUCGCUGGCGAUCAUCUUCUGUUGUAUGACCCUGCGCCGCUUCCCAUGGAAGCAGCCGCGCACCACGGACAACUCCUACCGUCUGUUCGUAUCCACCCCGACGCCUGGCACUCCGGUGCCUGAUUCCGAUCCUCGGCGACAAGCCAAGGCCAAGUCCACCCCCGAUCUCCCUUCCACCGUCCACGAACAGGAGCAGCCCCCUCCUUCCUCGGGCGGACAUAAUGCUCCUGAGUCGCCUACCAAGCCCUCCGAACUAGCUCCCCCUUCGGCUGCCCCGGAGCAGAAUGGGAUCAAGGCGCCGGCGGAGCCUCCCACGAAGGAGAGCGAUAAGCCCGGCGACAGUGCGCAGAAACAGACCAGCCAGACCAGCACCAGCACCACCACCCAUCAUGAAAGGCCCACGCGUACUACCAGCAAGGAGGCCCCGCCUCUCCCGCCGAAUGCUCAGCAGCCGAGCCAGCGCCAGGAAGUCAUCAAGGGUCCGUGGCGACUACUUCGCAUCUUGCCGCGGGAAAGUCGGUACAUUAUUGGCCGCAUGCUGAAGGUUAACCCGAAGGAGCGCGCGACGCUCGACGAGGUUUUGGCAGAUGAGUGGGUGCGCAACAUCAUUGCCUGCCGACAGGAGGACUCGGGUGAGAUCAUCAAUGCCUCCAACCACACCCAUAUCCUCGAGCCGCCUUCGCAAAGCCCUGCCGUGGCCAGCAAGGGCGCCAAGGCUAAAUGA